AUUUCUUGAGAAAGAAGGCCAUUCUUUUAUGUAUUCUUCAAGGGCUUGAGAGCAAUGUUUAUUUCUACUGAAGAUGAAAAUAUGCCAUUGCCUUUGGAAAACGGGAAAGCUUUGGAGAAUUCUUCUCCAGUAGGAUCAAAUCCAGAUUCCAAUGAUGAUGAGCCUUCCCAAGAGAUUCCUUCAACUUUCACAGAUGUCAAUGUGGUUCAAGAAGAUGAAAAGUUUCAGCUUGAGCAGAGGAUUUUGAAUUUAGAAGGUGAAAUUGUGAGUUUGAGGCAUAAAGAGAGAUCUUUGGAUGAAAAAAGGAGAGAGGCAUUGAAUAAGAUACUAGACAUUAAAGGUUGCAUUCGGGUGUUUUCCCGAGUUAGACCAUUUUCACCAACAGAUAAACAGAGAACUCAUCAGCCGAUUUCUGUUGAAUCGGAGAAGAUUGUAGUAAGAUCUGGUGGAAGCAGGAAAGAAUUUGAAUUUGACAAGGUUUUCCCUCAGGAAUCACUCCAAGAAGAUGUUUUUGCUGAGGUUGAGCCAAUUAUCAGAUCUGCACUUGAUGGGCACAAUGUAUGUAUAUUAGCUUAUGGACAAACUGGAACUGGCAAGACAUAUACUAUGGAGGGAAUCACAGAGUCUCCAGGGAUCAUUCCUCGUGUUCUUCAGGAGCUUUUUAACCUUUCCUCUUUAGAUAGCUCAAUUUCAUUUACAUUUUCGAUUAGCAUGCUCGAAGUCUAUUUGGGCAGUAUAAGGGAUUUGCUUGCUCCAAGACCUUCCAGUCGUAAAUACACUGCAUCGAGAUGCAAUCUAAAUAUUCAAACAGAUUCAAAAGGAUCAGUUGAAAUUGAUGGUUUAACUGAGGUAGAAAUCUCUAAUUUUACGAAAGCAAAAUGGUGGUAUCAUAAGGGGAGGCGAGUUAGAUCCACAUCAUGGACGAAUGUAAAUGAAACAUCCAGCAGAUCGCAUUGCUUGACGAGGAUCAGUAUAUAUCGCUAUGGGGAUACUUUGGGAGGUAAACCAGAAGCAACCAAACUGUGGAUGGUUGAUCUUGGAGGGAGUGAGCGCCUACUUAAAACGGGAGCUACUGGACAAACCCUUGACGAGGGGAGGGCAAUAAAUCUCUCUCUUUCUGCACUAGGUGAUGUUAUUGCAGCUCUUAGAAGAAAGAAAGGCCACGUUCCUUAUAGAAAUAGCAAAUUGACACAAGUUCUCAAGGAUUCUUUAGGUGAUAAAUCAAAAGUUUUGAUGGUAGUCCAUGUUAGCCCAUACGAAGAGGAUGUUGGAGAGACAACAUGCUCCUGUACCUUUGCAAAGAGAGCAAGAGCAGCGGAAUGCAAUAGAGAGCUCUCAGAAGAAUCAAAGAAGCAAAGAGAAAAGAGGAUCGUGGAGCUUGAGGGGCAAAUGAAGGAAGCUGAAGAAGGAUGUACAGAUCUUAGUACUCAAAUACAGAAGGCUGAUUUUUUAUUGAGUGAGAACAGAAGGCUUUUCGUGAAGAAAUAUCAGCCACUUGAAGAUGAAGAAACCUUUCCUAUAACCCCAAAGGAAAACGUCCCUGAAAUCACAGUAACUCCAAGAAACUCUGAGAAGGGACUAAAAACAAAUGUCACUAGCUCGGUGCCUCGAUUCAUGAGUUCCACGGUUGCCAGUCGAAUAAGAGAGACUACAGCAGAAAAGGAAAUCCAUAGCAGACCAAAAAGUGUGAGAUCAUGGGCUAGGAGCUCUAUGCAAAUUUCUGGUUCACAAUCAAACAGCUUUGAUCGUCGUUUCAAAGCUCACCUACGGACUUCAAAUAAAAGAUCACGUUAUAGUGAAAUUAAUACCAUGGCUGGGGAUAUUAAGUAUGGUGAUGAUUCAGAUAUUAAGCCAUCUGUCUUACCACAAAGCAAGACUAUCGCGCCCUCGGAUCCAAAGCCUAGAAAACCACUAGCUCACCACAGAAGAAGGAUGUCUGAUCUGCUCUAACUAUUACAAGAGUUGAUCAAAGGUGCUUUAGCUUUUUUUUCCUUUUGGGUGUUUUGACUUUUGUUUGGUGUUGCUGCUCCUACUGCCAUUGUUUUUAUUUUUCUUUCUGGUCUGGAAGUGAUUUAAGAUCAACUACGAGAGAAAUUCAUUUGGGGGUUCAUGUGUUGUAGGUGUGACAUUUCUUGGGGUAGGAUUAACUUUAUACUUUGCAAAAAGAAUGGUUUCUUUAGGCUUGUGUGUUUACAUCAAAUGUCAUGUUGUUUUGACAGUGUGAAGCAAGUGCAUGGAAAACAUUUUUCAAUUCAUGUUGUAACCAUACAGUUCAGAAUGUGUUAACAAAAACUGACUAUUUGAAGUU